AUGGGCUUCCAAUUCGAUAAGGCCCGGUAUUUUAACCGGACUCUCGUCUUUUCUGUCUUCAUAAUUGCAGUCUCGACAUUCAACUAUGGUUUCGAUAACCAGGCCUUUGCUACGACUCAGUCGAUGAAUACUUUUACUAAGCAGUUUGGCGAGUAUAACAGCAGGACGCAUGCAUAUAAUCUAAACUCACGUUGGCUGUCCCUCUUCAACAGUCUGAACUAUGUUGGUUUUGCCGCUGGCGUUAUUAUUGGUAGUUUUGUUUCUGCCCGCUUCGGUCGUCGUUGGUGUAUGUUCACAAUGAGCUUGUAUGCGCUUGUCUCGGCUACCAUCACCGUCACUUCCAACACUAGGCAACAAAUCAUGGCCGGCCGGAUUCUCAAUUACGUGUAUGUUGGCAUGGAACUCUCCGUAGUUCCCAAUUAUCAAUCUGAAAUUGUUCCCGCCCCAGUACGCGGCUUUAUUGUCGGAACAUACCAAUUGUGUAUCGGCCUUGGUGGUGUGAUCAUCAACGCGAUUUGCUAUAGAACUAGUCAUAUUGAAGACAACCGAGGAUGGCGUAUACCGCUCGGACUAUUCUACAUCGUUCCUUCCAUCAUCGCUGCCUCAAUCUUUUUCAUACCGGAGUCUCCCAGGUGGCUACUUCAGCGCAACAGAGUUGAAGAGGCCAAAGCGAGCAUACAGCAGCUUCGUCAAGGGGCAUUUACCGAGGAAGAGAUUGAGAACGAGUUUAAAGAGUUGGAAUUUGCCCUGGUGAAUGAAGUAGAGAAGGGUAAAUUCGUGGAACUAUUCCAGGGUAAGAAUCUCAAAAGAACACUUAUCGUAGUGGCGAUCAACUUCUUCCAGCAGGCGACAGGCCAGGCCUUUUCAUCCCAGUACGGAGGUGUUUAUGUUCGGUCUCUGGGGAUCUUCAACCCGCAGUUAUUCACAUUGAUGAGUAGCUGCAUCGGAUGUGGUAUCAUGCUAUGCACCUUGUUCGUCACUGACAAGGUUGGAAGACGGAAAUUGCUUAUAUUUUCGUCAGUCAUUAUCAUUGGAGCUCUCAUGACAAUGGGUGGGCUCGGCAUCAAUGAACCUGUCACAACAUCAAGGAUGAAAGGCAUAAUCUCGAUGAUUGUCAUCUUUGGUGUUGGUUUUUCUUGCGGUUGGGGGCCAUUGACCUAUGUAGUGGCGACAGAAGUCUCUUCGUUGCGACUGCGCGACCACACCUCCCGUGUCGGCUUUGGCGUUAACGUCUGUUUCAAUUUCGCUGUCAAUUUCGCUGUGCCAUACCUCGUCUUUGCGGAUGAAGCAGAUCUCGGUAGUAGAGUCGGGUUCAUAUUCGGGGCUGUUGCGCUCUUGUCGCUUGUCUUCACUUUUUUCUGUGUCCCUGAAUGCAAAGGUAAAACGCUGGAGCAGGUAGACUGGCUGUUUAACAACAAUGUACGGCUCCGUGACUUCGGAAAGGUAGACGCAACUAGAAUGCUUGGUGACGCCACGUACGUGGUGAAGAUCUGA